AUGUCAUUAGUUAAAAGACAAAGAGUUGACCAACAGUCACUCACUGAACAUCAUCGUAAUGCUCUCUACGACGCAGCUAUUGUACUAGAAGGCCAUGAAGGACCCGUUCUUGGUGUCAGGUUCAAUUCUACUGGUGACUUGAUUGCAUCAGGAGGAACAGAUGGUAAGGUUCUCUUAUGGGACUUACCCACAAAACAAUUGUACGACGAUAAUCAGAAGAUGUUGAGGUCUGAUACCACAGUACGGGUUAAUGACUUGGAAGGAGUAUUAAAUGCCAAUUAUGGAGUCAUUGAGGGUCACAAAUCAGCAGUCACAUCAUUGCGAUGGUCCGACGAUAGUAGUACUAUUGUGACCAGUAGUGCUGACACUACCGUUGGUAUUUGGGAUACUGAAACUGGUAAAAGAGUACGGAAGUGUUCUCUGCAUACCUUAUGUGUGAAUGAAGUGGAUAUCAAUGACAAUUCUACCAUAGUUAGUUGUGGAGAUGAUGGCUUGAUCAAUGUUUGGGACCAAAGACAGAAAUUACCUACGCAUGUUAUCACCACAGAUUUUCCAAUAACGUCAAUUCUUUUUGAUUUUCACGGUAAAAGAUUGUUUGCCUCAGGCAUUGAUCCUACCGUCCUGGCAUACGACAUUAGAGAUUUAACUAAACCUGUGUUCUCAGUAGGAACAUUACGAAAUGAGUCUACAACAACUUCGCUUGCAAGAAAUCAAGAUGAUUCAGUGAUUGUUGUUAGAGAUAUGACAGGUCUGAUAAGAACAAUUAAUGGCAGAGAAUAUGUACCUCUGAAUGUAUCUCGACAAGAUGGUCAGACGUUUGAAGGUGCUUUAUCCGGUAAGGAACAACUUCUUAUUCGUGUUUCCAUGAAUAAAGCUGGAACUGCCAUAUGUACAGGCUCAGAAGAUAAUACUAUUAUAACUUGGGAUUAUGCUACUGAAAGAGUAACUGGGAAAUACGCCGGUCACAGGUCCACAGUAAUCGAUACAGAUUACCAUCCUCAUGACAAUAUGUUAAUUUCUUCAUCAUCAGACGGGACCUUGAUUAUUCGUGAAUUAUAG